GAUGAAUACCAGGCCUCUUGCCGAAGGGCUAAGAAACGAUGAAUAUUCUAAGGGAGGUAUCUAAAGCAUGCACAGUAGAACAUUACACAAUAAAAAGUAGAAUUCUCGUAUAAAAGAACACGAAUACUAGUACUAACAAUAUUACAUAUACGCAUUAUAAAUCUGCAAAUGUGGUUGCCGUUUAGAACUUAAACUAGUAUCAAACAGUAGCCUUAACAUUCAAUCGUUCAAAUGAAUAUAAAUGUAAAUAUAUGUAUUUGAGCCUCAGCCUCCAGACAUCUGAAAUGUUCUUUUGGAUACUUUUGAACUGUAAGGUGAUUCUGCUCCUCUGUUUCAGGUCUGUUCUCUUGGCAUCCUGUGUGUAUGUCUGUCGCAUACUGCCUGUGUAUGACUGAAGGCGUCCUCCUCUUCUCGGCUGAAGGAUCCCCCUUCUGUUUCGUGUCCCGGAAAGGUAAAGUCCGUCUGCACUGGUUCUGCCAGGCUCUGGUCCUGAUAGCCGCGGCCACCGGCCUGGGCUUCAUGGUGGCCAGUAAGAACGUGUCGGAGCUCCCCCACCUGCUGACCUGGCACAGCGUGCUGGGGGUCUGCACUCUGGCUGCAACUGUGCUGCAGGCGGCCUGCGGCGUCGGCCUCCUCUUUCCUAAGCUGCUGCGCCUGUCUUCCCCCCCGCUGAGGCUGAAGCUGUACCACGCCACCUGUGGCCUGGUGGUCUACCUGCUGGCCACCGUCACCGUGGUGUCGGCCAUGUUUUCUGACUGGUUCCAGGCCACUGUGAAAGGCCUUGCCUGGUGGGCCUUCCUCCUGCUGCCCCUCUUCCCUGCCCUGGUGGUGAUGAACCAGAUCACUAACGCCUACCUGCCACGCAAGAAGAUCACCAGCUAGGAAGCACAGGAGAUCCCCCUCAAUCCCUCUGGGGCCAUGUUGGAUUGACCUUGUACUCGAUCAGACCGGAGCAGGAGCUAAAGCAGCCUUUGGAAGUUAAACAAGUAUCACAACAUAAAAACAUGUCUGUCUUACAGCGCCGCUGUCUGUAGAGAACUUUAGAAUUACUGUGCUCAAUUGUUGUUAGUUACUGAAGAACACUUUCAACCUUAAAUUAAACAAUUCAUUUGUGCUUUCUAAUUUCUCUGCUCAAAUGAAUGCUGAAAUUAUUGUAACAGUUUUAGUUUCUUAUACCAAGUGCAAAGACCAGAGGGUUGCAGCAGGCUGUUUUUUUUAGUGUGAUUCCAUUUGAUAAAUGAAUGGAUGAAUGAAUUGAAAGAAGUACAGAAUAUACAUUUUGGGCAGAAAUUGGACAGUAUGCAUUACCAGGUUGUUUGCUCAUAUAUGAACCCUGAUACCUCCUGACUCACUAACUCCAGCAAGAGAACGAAAGGCCUUCAAGCUCAGACUCCUGCUGAGGACAGAAGGAGUGUAUGCACAGUGUGGGUAACCAUGCCCUACGUAGAACACAUGUAUGAAGACCCAGCAGGUCGUGGUCGUCCUGACACAUCUGCAGAGGAAUAUUUGCACUCCGUAUGCAGUGAAAAUGAUUAAGGUGCUGUGGAUGAUUUGAGACCAGCAUGCAAAUUCUAUAUAUGUAUUCUUUUGUGAUACAUUUGUCUGUCUUGGCUGCUUAAAUUAGCCACAUUUAAAGCAAGUUCCAUCAGUCAGUAAUAUGUUUGGAUAUUUAAAUAAGGAGACCAAACAUAGCUGAAGGGGAGCAGAUAUUGGACUGAGGUUCAGCAUGAGGACACUAACACCACUAAAUAAAUGCUAACGUUGCUCAGUGUCUGCAGAAUGUACAAAUAAGCAGGGAGGAGGGCUUCUGUUCCUCCGUGGCCACACAAACCAAUCAAUGCAGCUUUAAUAGAGCAUGGCCACCAUCAUGUAGAGUCAUGAAUGAUACUAUAGAAUAUCACGUAUUGCUGGAGGGCGCUUUGAGCUAAUGACUUUCUUAUAGAGGCAUUUUGAAAAUAGUAAACAUGUGGGUGAACUGUCUACAGAACUAGCUGAGAAGGCCACACAACAGAGACUGCCUGACAGGCUGUAUUCAGGGCAUAUCAAAGUCCAAGCAGGAGGUUUUUCACAGCAAAAGGAUGUAACCAGCACUCAGCCAGAGCCCUCAUUUGUAAAGCUGAUGCACUAAGACCUUUUGGAUGUUAUGCAGCACACACAGGCAGCUUAUGUAAAUACUUUUUGGACAUAAUACCAUUUGAUGGUCAUGGAAUGUGUGUGUAAUUAAAAAUAAUAAUGGAAGAUAAUUCAACAUUCAACGUUCUCUAACGCUCAUAGACUGUAUAGGUAGCGCCAGGAAGUAGUCUGGAACCAGGAAAUGCUCCACCUUUUCAUCUCCAGACUGGGUUUAACCGGCCGCUCUUCUUUGCUGGGUUUGUUGCCAUGUUUGAAUCAGUUUGAUGAUCAUGUUCUGCAAUAAUGAUGUUUCCUUGAUGAAAAAGAGGCAUUCAAAUCCAAAUAGUGAGAAUUUUGUUACUUCUUUACUUUUGAUAUGCUACUGAGAACAACUCACUCUAUGGGUAUGGGCUGUGCUGUAUGAGGAGAUCACAGUGGAAGUUGUUUCUCCAGUCCUUUUCAGCACUAUCUGUAAUAAACACAGAAUUUGAAUUGG